AUGAGGGUGGCGACAGAUGCGGCACAGCGUCAGGCAAACAGGGACAGGGGCAACAGAGACGAGCGGCGCGGCGGAGAGGCAGGCGCGGGUGAGUGGGGCUCCGGCGCAGUGGCGCGGGUCGUCGAGGCUUGCGGACGGAGACCGGCGGCCACGUCGGCGCGGGGAAGGAGGCUCGGCUGCGGCACGGCUCGGGCCUACUCGCGGAGGGCGGAGCGUCGAGCUUCGGGUCGCCGGGGCAGGGGCAAGGCUCGGCGCGGCACGGUGGCGGAAGCCUCGCGGAUGGAAGUUGCAGAAGAUGGGCAGCGAUUUGGGGAAGAUGAUGAACAAUACUUGAUAUUUAUAUUUGUGAGAGAACUUGAGAGGCGGGCAAAAGAAGAAAAGGCUAAAAUUCAAGCUGAGGCAAAGGCAGCAGAAGAGGCUAGAAAAAAAGCUGCAGCUGAAGCCAAGAGGCAGAGGGAGCUGGAGAGGGAACUUGCUCGUCAAGCAUUGCAAAAGAUGGAAAAGACAGUUGAUAUCAAUGAGAACAGUCAGUUUAUGGAGGACUUGGAGAUGCUUCGGGUUCCUCAUGGUGAGGAAUUACCAAACUUCUUGGAGGAGGCAAAGAGCCCAGACUGUUCAGAAGACCAUCUGGGUAGUUUCAAACUCCAGAAUUGUAGCAAUCCUUUAGAACAGCUUGGCUUGUACAUGAAGGUUGAUGACGAAGAUGAGGAUGAGGAGAGUGAGCCGCCCAAAAGUCAUCCGAUUCUGCCACCACCAAAUGACGUAGAGGACGGGGAAAUUGAUUGAUGAGAGAAUCUUUUUUCCCAUAUUCUGACACUAGGAACUUAAAUCCUUUUAAGAGGGACUGGAAAGGAGUUCCUUUAGGAGGAAUGAGACAAGUGGGGAAAUCUCCUUCCUUCUUAGGUGACACCGCCUAAAUUGGAAGUGCCCAAUGGAUUGGGGGAACACACUGCUCCAGCCUUUCUCAAAGAGGGUUGGGAACUUCCUUCUUUUGCUUUGAACAUUUGGCUACUGAGGUUGGUGUUAUCUUAUCUGUGGAUGGUCAGCGACGCAAAAUGUGGAUUUGGAAGGGAGCGUGUACAUAUAGAUAUUUGGAGAUAUUGAUUCCGAUUCAUUGAAAUGGAGCAUAAGCGAAAGCAGUAGGCUUUUCUGAUGGACGCCGAGGAUAGACUGUUAUAAAGAAGGGCAAAAGAAAGACGGGAGGAUAAGUUAGAGAGAAGAGGCAGUCUUUCCUUGUAUAAAGGCUCCGGUUCUGUUUGCACGGCGUAAGUGGAAAGAUCAAAUUGUUUUCUUGCUCUGCCACACAGAAAAAAAAAAGAGAAAGAAAGGAAAAAGCAAAAACUCAUUCUUUUCCUUUGUUUGUGUAUGUUCCGAUCAUUCCUUCAUUCAAUCUGCUUUUUCAGAUGAACUAUAUAUGUCCAAGCAUGAUGCACUGAUUCUUUUCA